AUGUACAAUGGCAUCGGCAUCCUUAGUUUCACGGAGACUGAAUUCGCGGGCUCUGGGAAUAAUUGGCCGAGGGGUCCCAGCGACGAUCACGAACGACAAUUUCAUAAGCUAUGGAAGUGGAGCUUGAGCUUGUACUCCACAUGCCUGCGUCACAUUCGCCGGUACAUAAAGGCACAUUGCCAUUUCUGUCCCGAAUAUACGAAGGACGAAGACGAUGCGUGGGGGAAUGUAGAAUGCCAUUCGGCUUGUCAUGAUACAUGCCCCACAUGCACCAUCGACGAGGGCCUUCAUUUAGCAACAUUUGGUGGACGCGUUAACGGUGAUGUAGGCUUCCGCGCGCUGAGACACAAGAUCCGAGAUGGCCGCACGAUCGGAGGUAUUGGGGUAGACGGGCACAACCGAAGAUCAAGAAGAGAAAGCGAAGCGGUGUAUGGCCGGAUCUGGGGUGGCACCGGCAGUCACGACACAUGGGCCAUUGACGUGGGUGAUCGAGCUCCUGGAGACAGCUCAAACAUUGAAGAGGAAGAGAAGACGACCGUUGGGCGAAGGACAGUCGGGAAUGCACGUCUCCGACGAUGGGACGUCGACGUAGCUCAAGGCAGACUGUUGUCAUCAUCAUGGUAUUUGAAACCAGGGUCGUACGGCGCCGCCUCGGACGAGACCAGCAAGAGCACGUUCGACCAUUACCCGUCAGGAGAGAUAGAUGUGCUUUAUCAGCCAGGGGAGCGUAUGGCAAUGUUCGAUAGAACAGGGAGUGCAAGCGGGCUACCACAACAUGCCGACAUAGCCAGAUAUAGGCCAGGAAAAGCCCGGCGACGAUCGCGCGCGACCCUGAACUUCGCCCCCGAAGCCUGGGGGUUCCAGAGCACGCACCGGGCGUUAGCACGCAGGGCUGAGAUUAGGACCAAAUUGGGACAGGGAGCAACGUCGGCCGUCCGGGAGCAUGCGACUCAGAUGACCACGCAGUACAAUCGCCUCCUCCAUGCGGGCGAAACGCGUGGUAUUCGUACGAUCGCCAGUUGCGAAGACGAGCAGCAGGUCCUUCCGGGUCCUGAAAGUGAGGUCAAGGCGGCAAUCUUGGUGUCUAGCCGCUGGGGAGAACGAGCAAAUGGUUACUCCCUGCGGAAUGAUAGAAGCUCACAUCUGACUGGGAAGGAAUGGAAGUGGGCACUGCAAUGCGGCGUUGGUGAUGGGAUGAAUGGACUACCUGUGUACGAGGGACAAUACAUAUCAUACGCGUGA